UCUUACUCAUAACCUUCUGGAACCCGCCCACCACUGCUCAACUCACUAUUGAAUCAGUGCCGCCCAAUGGUGUCCAAGGGAAGGAUGUUCUUCUACUUGUCCACAAUCUGACAGAGAAUCUCAUAGGCUGUGGCUGGUUCAAAGCAGACAGAGUCGAUCCCAAUCAACAAAUUGCAACAUAUGUGAUAGACACACAAGAAAUUACCCCAGGGCCCGUAUACAGUGGUCGGGAAACGAUAUACCCCAAUGGAUCCCUGCUGUUGCAGAACGUCACCCAGGAGGACAUAGGAUACUACACGCUACAAGCCUGGACAAAAAGUUUUCUAAGUCAAGUAGGAACUGGACAGCUCCACGUAUACCCGGAGUUAACCAAACCCAACGUCACAUGCAACAACUCCAGCCCCGUGGAGCAUGAGGACCGUGUAGUGUUAACAUGUGAAGCUGAGACUCAGGACACCACCUACCUGUGGCUGAUCAACAAUCAGAGCCUCCUGGACAGCACUUGGCUGGAGCUGUCCCUGGACAACAGGACUCUCACUUUACUCCGUGUCACAAGGAAUGACACAGGACCCUAUGAGUGUGAAACCCGCAACCCAGUGAGUGCCCGUCGCAGUGAUCCAUUCUACCUCAAUGUUCUCUAUGGCCCAGCUGCCCCCACCAUUUCCCCCUCAGACUCCUAUUACCGUGCAGGGGCAAACCUCAGCCUCUCCUGCCACGCGGCCUCUAAUCCACCUGCACAGUAUUCUUGGCUUAUUAAUGGGAGGCCCCAGCAAUCCACACAGGAGCUCUUUAUCCCCAACAUCACUGCAAAUGAUAGUGGAUCCUAUACCUGCCUCGUCCAUAACUCUGUCACUGGCUUCAAUACGACCGCAGUCAAGACUAUUACAGUGUCCGAUCCAGUGGCACAGCCCUCCAUACAAGCCACCAACACUACAGUCACAGAACAUAAGGACGCUGUGGUCCUGACCUGCCUCACAAAUGACACUGGGAUCUCCAUCCAGUGGUUCUUCAGUAACCAGAGUCUCUGGCUCACAGAGCAGAUGAAGCUGUCCCAGGACAACAGCACCCUCACCAUAGACCCCGUCAGGAGAGAGGAUGCCGGGGAUUAUCAGUGUGAGGUCUCCAACCUGGUCAGUUCCAGCAGAAGCGACCUCCUCAGCCUGGAUGUGAAAUGUAAGUGA